AUGACUACUAACUCAAAGCAGAAAUAUACAAAAGCGAAAUACAGGACAAAAAUAACGUCAGAGAAGCGUCUCAUUCUUAUGGAAAUUAAGAAGAAAUUCAGAAAUUUAAACGCCAGUGCAGCAGGCGAAAACGACGAAAGGAACCUACAGAAGAUGGCCUAUGACCUCAGGGUCGACCAGCGCGAAGACACCGCUUUCGACGAAAUGGCUAAAAAAUUAGACGAAGAACUGAAGGAAAAGGAGGAAGAGAAGAAAGAUAAGGAGGAUGACGAGGAUGAGGAUGGGAAAAAGAAAAAGAGAGAUAGUGAUAAAAGUGAUGAGGAAUCUUUAAGGAAGAAAAGAAGACGUAGACGGAGGAGAAGAAAAAUUGGUGAAAAUGAUAAAAAUCGACAAUUUCACUUCGAUCGUGAGGAGAUAACCCUCGGCAUACCGAGGUUUCGACUAAACGAGAAAUGUCGAUUCGCCUCGUUUAUCUUCAUGUCCAUUCUGAACUUCAUUGCAAUAGGCCCGCAAAUUCACGUCACAAUUAAAAGCAUUGAUAUUAGUGAUUUAUACAAAAGUGUGUUGGAGACGCUGGACGGCCCAGACACGUAUGUCCUAUUUGAUUACUUUACACUGGCUAUGUCACUUGGUGUGGCCUUACACAUAUCGGGUUUCAUAAUGUGUGUCAUGUCUGUCUGGAUUGAAACGAGGUCAUAUUUUUUGCUGGGCCUACCUUUCUAUGGCAGUCUACUAUUUUGUACAGCCCUUUAUUGCACGCUCGUGGCCUAUGCCUGCUACGAGUGGGCCAAACAUCUGCAACAUGGAAUCGCCUGGCCUCUGGAGAUAAUGUUACGAAACUACUAUUACAAUGAGACACAGGAAAUAAUGAUGAACUACAUCCAGCAAAAAUUCCACUGCUGUGGUGUAACUUCAUUUCAAGACUGGCUCUCCCCAAAGAGGGGCCAACAGACCAGUUACGAUUACUAUGUGGCCUACCACGAGCGCAUACCAUCAAGUUGUUGCGACUCCAACUAUGAUGAUAGGUGCAUUAUUUUCCAUGAAUACAUCGAGGAAGCAAGGGAGGAUUUGUUCGAAGGUGUCGGGAUUAACAUGGCCGGUUGCGAAAGCAUCAUUCGGAAGGAUUUACUAAGUCUAUUCCAGACAUACAUGUUCUAUGAACUGUUAAUAAUAAUCGUCUGCGAUUUCUUCCUCGUAACUCUGACAAGGUUUCUCACAACGUCAAUAAACAACUCGUUUCGACUGGAAGUCCCAGAAAUCAGUUCGUACGGAUAUGGGAUUUUGAUUUGGCAUCCGGAUGAUCCGGCUCGAAUUUUUCAUCACAUUCUUUACACUAUUAGUUUCACCAGAAGUGACAGCAGCAGUGAUGUCAUCAUGCUCAUAGUUUUUCAUACAGCCACACUGAUUGCAGAACAAAAUCGAAAAUCACCUAAAAUCAUGGUGACCCGCUCGGUAUAA